UUCUGGUAACAUCUCCAUGGCCUUUCUUCUAGUAACAGCUCCAUAUUUUAACAACUUGUUCCUGAACUCAAUCUUGUGAUAUCAUUUUAACAACUCUAUCCUGAACUCGAUCCUGUGAUAUCAUUUUAACAACUCUAUCUUGAACUCGAGCUUGUUGAUUUCAUUUUAACAACUCGAUCCUGUGAUGUCAUUUAUAAAACGUUUAUUUCUCUCCCUGACUUCAUUAAUUGUGGGAAUUUCAAUAGUGGAAAUAUUCCUGUUAACAACAACAUGGUCGACACUGACAAGUCAUCGACAAAAAUUCAGUCACGACACCUUCAGUAAUGGAGAGAAAAAAGUUUCUAGAAAUUUGAUUCGAAGCCAUGAACAGAAACAUCAAUCACUGAAGGCAACAAAAGACAAUAUUAUUUUUGAAAAGGAAAACUUCAAGGGGAUGCGCCAUGGAUAUAAUUAUCCCACCAUAUCGGAGAAUCAGGAUGAGACUUCAAAGUAUUUUUACAAGCCGAGAAAAACGUCCAAGAGAAGAGAAACAGAAUUUAACGCCACGGAAGAGAAAUAUUUUAUCCCACGUGAUCACGAUGUUAAUGGCGUGAAUUUUAGUUUUUUAUUAGAUGGUGGCGACAUUUGUUUAAAGUCCAAACCAUUUAUAAUAUUUCUCAUUCAUUCCACGGCUAAAAACGAUGAAGCACGGAAAGAUAUCCGAAAUACAUGGGCUAGCUCUAUCAGACAGGGUUAUUGGUAUAAAGGAUUUUCAUUGGAUAAAAAUGUUACGUAUGUUUUUAUAUUGGGUAAUUCUACGAGAAAUGUGACAACAGCCGUAGCCAAUGAGAAUAGACUAUAUGGAGAUAUCGUACAGGCGAGUUUUGAAGAAUCAUAUAAAAAUACUAUUUAUAAAUCGUACAUGGGAUUUCGCUGGGUUCGAAAAUAUUGUAAAGAUGUGUCAUUUGUUGUGAAAGUUGAUGAAGAUGUUUUUGUACAUGUCCCAAAUAUUAUAUCCUAUUUACAAAACCUACCAACAGAUGUCACGGUUAAUCAGACCAUAUUUGGAGUUCUGUCUGGAAAUAACGGUGUGUACCGAUCUCCGGCGUAUUAUAAAUGGACAAUAAGUUACGAGGAAUACCCAUUAAGAUCGUAUCCGUUACAUGCUUCCGGUGGGAUUUAUUUCAUGGCCAGAACGGUUGCCAUGGAUUUAAUUAACAUGGCGGACUUUAUUCCAUUGGUUCAUAUAGAAGACGCUUUUUUCUGUGGAAUAUUACGUAAAGUUUUAGGAUUUACGACAGAAGAACCGGACAUUCUUUUACUCCGUGGUGGUAUUCCAAUUGAUUGUAUGUUUUAUUAUAGGAAAUCUUUACUUGCGUUGCAUCCGGUCGGAUCAUACUACAAGAUAAAACUCUGGAAUGAUCUGCCUGAUUUAAACAAAACUGUGUGUAGGGAAACCGAUAAACAAAAAAUACGGAAUCUUGUAUAAAUUUUAAAACAUG